AUGGAUUCGCCAGCAGUCAGCCGGAUCUUUCAGCAGCUGUUCGCACGACGCUCUCGACACUGCCUCUGCUUUCCCAGUGCCUCUCGCCGAUCAGCGCCUCGUUCCUUUCAGCAGCACAGAACAUACGCGGCUCGCCGAAAACAAGAUGACAAGGACGGGGGCAGCUCGUGGCAGCAGCGGAUCGAUGCAUUCCCGAAAGAUAUGAGUCGUCAAUUGCAGGAGUAUCCUCGAGUAACUGCACGCGAUCUACAGCACCGCACGCAGCGACCACGACGGGUGAAAAUGUAUGCUCGGGACUUUAUCGAAGACAGUCUAUAUAACCCUAACUACGGUUACUUCUCCAAGCAUGCGACCAUCUUCAACUCGCCCAGACCAUUUCACUUUCCUUCGAUCCGAGACGGCGCCGAGUUCAAUCGCCUUGUGGACCAAAGCUACGUCGACUUCGAAGAUGCCCUUGACAGCGUCGAGCCCAACGAGCUCCGCCAGCUCUGGCACACGCCGACCGAACUUUUCCGCCCGUAUUACGGCGAAGCCAUUGCCCGCUACCUCGUAACGAACUACAAAAUGACACUCUUCCCCUACCACGAUCUGAUCAUAUAUGAGCUCGGCGCCGGGAACGGGACUCUCAUGCGUAACAUUCUAGAUUACAUUUUUGAAAACGAGCCGGAAGUCUACGAGCGGACAAAGUUCAAGAUUGUCGAAAUCUCAAAAUCGCUGGCGGACUUACAACUCACCAAUUUGUCUCGCUCGCCUUACGCGGAAUGCCACAUAGAGCAAACGCAAAUCCUCCACCGCUCCAUCUUCGACUGGUCCGAAUACGUCCACUCGCCAUGCUUCGUCCUCGCACUCGAAGUGGUCGACAACUUCCCCCACGACCAGAUUCGAUACGACCCUGAAACCGAGGAGCCACUGCAAGGGAGUGUCCUGAUUGACGAAGACGGCGAGUUCUUCGAGUUCUACGAACGCACCCUAGACCCCGUGGCCCUGCGAUACCUGCGCGUCCGCGAAGUCGCCGCCCGCUCGCCCUUCUUCACUCCCAUCUCCCAGCCCAAACUCCUCCGGCGGCUCCGGCACUCGUUGCCGUUUGCACCAAACCUCACGCAACCCGAAUAUAUCCCCACACGACUGAUGCAGUUCUUCGACGUUCUGCAUCAGUAUUUCCCCGCCCACAGACUGGUGUUGUCGGAUUUUGACUUUCUUCCUGACGCGGUGGCCGGGAUCAACGCGCCCGUGGUGCAGACGCGGUACAAGCGGCGGAACGUGCAGGUCACGACGCCGUAUGUGCACCAGGGGUAUUUUGACAUUUUCUUCCCCACGGACUUUGCCAUGAUGGAGGACGUUUACCGUGCCAUCACGGGCAAACUGACGAGGGUAUCGUCUCAUCGGUCGUUCCUAGAAAGCUGGGCGUUCCUGGAAGAGACGCAGGUGCGAAAUGGCGAGAAUCCAAUGUUGAAUUGGUAUGCCAAUGCUAGUGUCAUGACAACUGUAUAG